AUGUCUAAGCUCAUCCGCCAAGCUGCGCCAGGUGAUCUCUUCGCGAAAGCCCUCAGUCGGGAUCGGUACAAGUUUAUCGACCAGUUUGAUGUUGCGCAUGUUGGCGAAAAGUACCCUGAGCUCGCCUCAGAGGACCUUGCUUGGUUAAGGAGGCGCCUUGGUCGGGCUAUAACCCAGCGCCGACACUACCUCAGUUACAUUCAAGACCAUCGCGGAAGACUCGAAGAAGGGGAUAGACGUGAUGCGAAACCCGAGUCAGGCACCCAGCAGUUCAAACAGCAGCAUCAGGAACUACAAAAAGAUAAUACGGGGCUACAGCUGACCAGCGAGCCGUCGACUUUCUUUACCAAGGCUACAAGCAUACAGCCAGGGCACAUUACAGCCGAAAUGCUCACGGUCGAGGACAAUGCCGACCUCGAGGACGAUGCGAGGUCGUACACGACAAUAUCACGCGGCCUAGACGAAGAGCUUCCAUUUGGCCCAUUUGAUCCGUCUACUUGGGAUUUUGACUUCUUUCUUGAUCCAGGUUAUCAGUUUCACCCUGAUGAAGACUGGGAUUCUGGCUCGAAAGAGAGCAUCGCUGCUGUCCGCGAGACGGUCCAGGUCAACACAGUGCACGACCUGGAUACUUGGGAGAUGACCGUCUACAUCCACGGCGAAGAGAAGUACGCGACGAGCUCGCCGGGCGAUAGCUUCUACGACAAGUAUGGCGCCUGUGCGACCAACCGCGGCUCGGGGCCCAUCGAGGUCACCUGGAGCGAUGUUUCCUUCCGGACGCGCUGA